AUGUCUACUGCUUCCAAGAUCACCUUUGGCUUAUCCUGUGUUUCUGCUGUAGGAGCCUUUGUCUUCAUCAACUAUUCCCAGAAAUUAGAACGUCUGGCUCUCAGACAGGGACCCAUCAAAGACGCCGCCAGAGUACAGGCUAAAUUGGACAGAGAUUUCUCCAAGAAGCAAAGAGCAAAUGAAUUGGAACACAAGGAGCAGAUGGAGUUGAGAGAGAAGUACAUCAAGUUACAGCCUUUGAACGACGAGAUCAUUCGUGGUGAAGAGAAAUAA